GAUUUGAAUUCUAGAAUUCAUUUCAAUUCUAUAAUGAAUUCCAGCGGAAUGAAUUCCAAUAAAUAAAUAGAAUUGUUCCAAACUUUUUACGGAUUUCAAAAUAAAUAAAUUUGAAAUUUUAAUUAGAAUGAAAUGUUUUAUUUUUCUCACGAAACAGGCCGACUACUAUGGCAAAUACACUUCCAGAGUCUAUUGUGAUAAGAUCAUCCGCCUCUCAGCGGUGCCUCAGAUUCAUUACAGAACCCACAGGUCAACGUGGUUUUGUAACUGGUUGGGAAGAAAAUGUUUUCGAACCAUUUGCGAAGAUUAUAGUAGAGAGGGCAAAAGCAAAUGACAAAUUCAUUCACCUACGAUUCUCUCACACUAAUAAAUAUUGGGCAUGAGCCAGUCGUGAUAGAAAUAAUUCAUGGAUUUUUGCUAAUUCAAACCAACCGGAGGAAGACACGUCCAAAUUGUCGUGUACAAUGUUUGAGCCAAUCGCAACGAUUAAUAGCGUUACAUUCGUAUUUCAACAUGUUCAAAGCGGAGGGCUUGUGCGAAUGAAUCCGGAUCCCGCAUUCGCGACCGCAAUAUUUUUGUGGAGGAUGCCACUGUUCCGCAUAGUUUAGCUAAUCAAAUGACUUUCACUUUUGUUGAUUGGGAUACAUUAUGUGGACUGUCUAGACAUGUAGCAUUCAAAGGCUUCAAUGACAUGUAUCUUCAACAUGUGGUGGGCAUGAUGAAUAGAAACAACUUCAAUCAAUUCUCAUCCGAGGAUCCUAACAACGAGAGACCGGGCUAUGAGAUCAUACUGCUCCAUCCCGAUGGACAUAUUCGUGUGAGGUCUGAUUUUGUGGGUCAAUUUGGAGACGAAUUCCGAAUUGGAUAUGGUCAGAUUCAACAGAUAACAGUGGCACAGACAUUAACACUUUGUUUUGGCCGGUUAAAGUUAGUGACAACGCCAUUGCUCUUCACAAUGCAGGUAAUAAUAGAUUCUCCAGUCUUCUUACAGCCGAAGGAAACCCCAAUUGUCUCAAUGCUGCAGUGAACAAUAUUACAAGAGAAGCAAGAUUAACAGUUGAAGAGCUUGUUCUAGACAGAAGUAUAUUUAAUGUUCGAUUUCGCAUGGAAGACGCCCGAAUCUACGACGAGCAAGCUUCAAUAGCAAGCAUUGGUUUUCCUAUUAAUGAAUCCGAAAAAGAAGCUACUUCAACUAUUACAAUCGGUUAUGAAGAUACAUCGUCGUAUACGUUUAGCAAUAGUUUAUCGAUAUCGACUGGAGUAACAACCACCAUCGGAACUGGGAUCCCACGCAUUGCUGAAGGAGAGAUUACAGUUUCUACCGAGGUAACUACAUCAUUUGAGUGGAACAGAACGACGGAGGAAACCCGAAAAGCAGAAGCGGCGUAUAAAGUUGUUGUGCCGCCUAAAAGCCGGGCCAGGGUUCAUUUUAUAUCAACAAGAGGGACUUGUAGCGUUCCUUUCUCUUACACUCAGCGAGACAGGAGCUCUACUAAUGGAAACUUCAUAACUACUAACCAUAUUGAUGGUAUUUACACUGGUAUCAAUUAUUACAGCUUCCACUUCGAGAAACAUGCAAUAGAGCCUCUUUAACUCUCAAUCUCCAUCUCCUUUGCUCCAUCAAUCGCCUUCUUAACUACUAUGUUAUGUUCAAUUAUGUUUUGCUC